AUGUCGUCUCUUCUGAGGGAGGAGAUGCAGAGAGUUUUAUUCCGACCUGCAAAACAGAGAUUGAUGGAGUUUAUUGAGAUUGAAGAGCCAACGCAUGGAAGACAUUUUCUAUGUGUCGCAGUUGCUAAGGGGAAAGUGGUGCAGUUAAGUAUAGUGCGAUGUCAGAUAUCUCAGACGCCACUGAAAUCUGGCUCCAAGAAGUCUCCCACCAAACGCUCCAGCAUACAGGACUGUUAUCGGAGGACGGAGAUCUGGUCUCUGCAAGACCUGACUCUAGUUGACGGACGAGAUGCUGAUGUGGAUGAUCCGUGUUUCCUGCUGCACUUUGACAAGGUGCGUACAGUGACAGCCAUCAGCUGCUCGGCCAAAUAUGCUUUUGUGCGAGCUCUGGUGGCUCUCAGCGACCAGCACUGUCAGAGGUCACUGAACCUGCGGAACUUUGACUGGGCCUACAUCAAGCCCACCUCCUUUUACUCCAACAGAGGAGACUGUGUUGUCUUAUCACAGAUAUGCUUCUAUGCAUUCAAUCUUGUAUGUUUGUCCAUGUGUCCUGUGCCCCUGGAUGCAUAG